UAUCACCUCUUUUAUGUGUUCAACACACAGAGGUUGGUCUCUGACAUGGAAACUGAUCAUUCCAGGGAAAAUCAGUAUAAUAUCUCCUUAUGUCUCCCCAGCUGGCAGAGGCAAAAUGCCAAAGGCACCUCUGCUUUGAGGAAUCUUGAGGAGGGAUUGAAGAAGUAGGACAAGAUACAGAUAUGAGGUUGUAAUAGGAAGAGCCCAAUGGAGAAGAUAGGAUAUCAGCAUAAGCAGAAGGAUUAGAGGAAUUCAAGUGUCCAUUCCAGGGUGAGUGUCAAGUUGAUCAAGUCACAAGAAGAUUUUGUCAGAAAUGCCGCCUCAGGAAAUGUUUUGAUAUUGGAAUGAAGAAGGAAUGGAUAAUGACAGACGAAGAAAAGAAAAAGAAGAAGCAAAAGAUAGAGGAGAACAGAGCCAGGAAGAUGGGAGAGGUUGGACAUGAAGAUGAUGACUGUGAUGAUGGUGGUGGAAACAGUCAGCACAGCAAUAAUAACAGCAAUGAUGAUAACAACAAUGAUAAUGAUGGCAGCAACGAUGUCCCAGUGUCUUUGCCACCAACUUCAUCCGCCAUGGCAUCCCUUACUAAACCACAGGCUGUGGUGGUGGGAGUCAUAAGGGAAGGUGAUUCGCUGCCAUCAAAGGUAUCAAGAACCGAAGCUGAAGCAAACACUGAUCACCGUCCUCAACUGCAUCCUGUCAUUAGGGAGUACCAGACAGAAUAUUCAUCCAGUUCUCCUCUAGACAGCCCUACUAAGAAAAGAGAAGGAAAAUGUAACCUCCUUGCUCCUGGGCUUUCCUCCCCUGCUACCGUUGAGAGAAGUGAGGGGGCCUCUAACCCCUGUCUAGCAGAAGUAUUUGCUAUUAGCAUCAAGAAGGAGGUUGAGUACAUGGAUGAUGAAGCUGCUGCUACUGCUGCUACUGCCCUCCAUAAUCACCAUCACCACCAUCACCACUGUGACCCACACAACCAGUUAACCUUGUCUCACCACCAUCACAAUUACCCGUCCUAUCAUAAUCCUCUACCACCACAUCCAACGUCAUCACCACAUCCUGAACCUUUGCCCCUUCGCACAUCACCUCAUGACACAUCAUCCAUGUCACAUCAAACACCACCGCCAAUACAACCCACACCAUCUUCAAUACAGUACAUACCCACGGAGAUACACAGUACAUCACCUUUGCCACAGCCACACCAUUCAAUAUCACUUCAUCACCACAAUCCAAAUGAAACUCAAACAGAUUCAGGAGAUGAGUGUGGAGGAUUUAGCAUAAGAGAAGCCAUGGAAAUACUACAUCCUGAGGAUAAAAACUCUAAGGAAAGCUCAUCAGUCAUGGACACCCUGAUGAACACUGCCAUCCGGGCAGAGUAUUCUUCUCCUCUCCUGUCACUACACAUGUCUCCACCUAGUGAACUGAAUGAAGCUGAGCGAGCCAAACUGGAGGAACUGACAGAGGCAAACAAAGGUCUUCUUGCUCCACUAUGUGAAGACUAUAACUUCAAGGACCUGAGUAACCCAUCACUAAUCAACGUCAUCAACCUCACUGAAAUUGCCAUCCGCAGACUGAUAAAGAUGGCAAAGCGAAUCUCCUCUUUCAAGACACUGUGUCAGGAGGACCAGAUUGCUCUGCUUAAGGGAGGAUGCACUGAAAUGAUGAUCCUCCGUUCUGUCUGUGCCUAUGACCCAGAUAAGGACUCCUGGAAGAUCCAGCAAGAUCAUUCCAAGACGCAAGAUAUCAAGCUAAAGGUUCUUAAGGCAGCACCAGGCAAUGUGUAUGAGGAACACAAGCGAUUUAUUCUUGCAUUUGAUCCAGAAUGGAGGAAGGAUCCUCACAUUAUCUUCCUUCUGUGUGCAAUUACACUUUUCAGUCCCAGAAGACCUCACAUUAUUCAUGCUGAUGCUAUACUUCAUGAGCAGUGUUCAUACUUGUACUUGACACGCCGGUACCUUGCUGCUCGCUACAACCCAUGUGCAGGCCGGGCUGUGUAUCACCAGCUGCUGCACCGCCUGGCCCACUUACACCGCCUGAGUGAGGAGCAUGUCAGGCUCUUCCUGGAAGUGAAUCCUAAACAAGUGGAGCCGUUGCUAAUUGAAAUAUUUGACCUUAAACAAUAGAGAAUUUCUUAUGUUAUCCUUAAACAGUGAAGUUUCAAAUUUGACAUGGUCAGAUUUAUUAGUGUAAGCUUUAAGUACCCCAUUUAGUUUCCAACAUAAUUCUUAUUUGGGAUUAGAUUUUGUCCCCAGAAUUUUCUCUUUUCUACAUAAUUUGUCUCAGCAAGUGAACUGCCAUAUGUCAUUUUAUAUGCUGUCCUUACCAGAUAGCAGGAUAUUAAAUGAAGGUGAGCUAA